AUGACUUCUACUAGCGGCGCGAAGAUCUCAAUGUUUGGUGCCAAGUCCGGAUUCGUCAUCCCUAAAAACAAGUUAUCUGGGUCACUGAUCCCGAUUUUUCAACGCGGGAAAGCCCUGGGAGGUUCCGAUACGGAUAAUGGACUGCUCGCGAAGCUAGGGAAGAGGAAGACUAAAUGGGGACCUGAUUUGACACAAGAUACUGCCGUCAAGAAGGCUCGAGUUUUAGCUUAUCAGAAACGCUUGGGUCAAAUUACACAGAAAUUGGAAUCAGGAGCUCUUGAAGCCGAGGCUAAUAAAGAGUCUGAUUUUGCUGAACAUCUGGAUAUUGAAAAACGCGAAGUAAUUGGGGAGAUACUUGAGUUGAAUCCGAGGUACAAGGCUCCACCUGAUUAUAAGCCAUUGCUGAAAGAAGCUAGAUUGCCGAUCAAUGUCAAAGAACAUUCUGAUUUCAGCUUUCUAAGUCUCAUAUUUGGUUCCCAAGGCGAUACUCAGAAGCGGCUCGAAAAAGAGACUGGAGCCAAAGUGCAAGUUUUUGGUACUAAAACAGGAGGAGAGGAGGUUGAACUCUCUGCUACAGAUGAAAAUGAGAUCCAGACGUCCUGGCAAGAGUUAUAUUUUCAGAUAUCAUCUGACACUUACGAAAAAGUGGAUGCAGCUAUUGCUGUAAUUGAGCUGCUUAUCUCUUCAGUCUCUAGAAAUACAGGAGCUGGUGCUGCUCCUCCAUCUUCCAUAUCUGAAGAAACUUCAACCAUUCCAGGCAACAGCGACGCGCCUGCUACAGCCCCAAGCUCUGAACAACCAACUGAUAGAUCUGUUCAACCUCCACAAAGUCAAUUCCAACAGCAUGGAUCAUCUUUUCCAUCGGCUUUAAAUCAAAAUCCAUAUUACCCACCUCCUAAUCCCUCUGCUCCAAGUCUUGGUAAUCAUAUCCAGAAUCCAGAACUGCCAACCAAUUCUAUGAACCACAAUCUUCUUUUGGCUCAGCAACCACCUCCAAUUCCUCAUAACACAUCAUUACCUCCUGGCUCUCAAGUGCAUCGUCCACCAGAUUUGUUCUCUUUUUCCCUUUCCAGCACACCAAGGGCCUAUCCUCCUCCAUAUUCUGGCGGUCAGAUGCAACCAAUAGGACAACGAUCUACAAUGAGGCCGUCGACUGUAUGGACUUCCCAACCUACACCGAGCAGUGUAUUUAGACCAACGCCAUUGCCAGACAUAGUCCCAAGCAACAUGGCCCAGUCAGUACGGCCUCUAGGUCUUAACUUCAGUCCACAUCCGAUAGCUCAUCAGCCAGUGUCACCACAUAUUGCUGGAAGGUCUGUUGGUCCUGUUCCUACAUAUCCUCCCACAAAUACAGCUCCUAGGCCAUUUCACGGGGAUUUCGGUUUCCUCCCACAACCGCAGAUAUCUCCUAGACCCAACUCUCACACAGCUCAUCUCCCUCAUCUGGCAUUUCAAGCCCCAUCCGUCACUCAAGUCUCUCAUUUUGAGCAAAGUUUCAUAAGAUCACAGCAGUUUGGCAGGCAGAUGGAUCAACCCUUAGGCUACCCGCUGGCACAGUUUCAUGGUAACGUGAGAUCUUCCAACUUGCAGGACUUUGGACCUCCAUUGCCCCCGAUGAUCCCUAGGAACUUCCCUGGAGCUCAGUUCCCGCAGCAUCCUGCGAAUUUCCCUCCAAGACCAGUGUUUCAUCAUGAUAAUCUGAUCCCAAGGGGGCAACAACAGCUUCACCACCGGUCCAACGCUGGUGUGCAUCUAGUGUAUGACCCUUUUUCACCUAGUGACGCUUGA